AACACUCCGAAACAUUCUCAGCUUCCCGGGAAGCAUACAUAUUUUGAUCUAUCUAUCUAUCUAUCUAUCAAAACAUACAUACUUGCAUGUUAUAUACCCUACCCCACAGAGACAAAGAUUAUAAUAUACCGGUUGUCUUUUUCAAGGCUAUACUGGGGCUCUGAUUGAGGGUUGGUUUUACUCAACAUGUUGCGUUAUCAAUCCUUUCUCAGCUUUUCAACCUAGCAUGGGGUCUUCAUGCACUUCUUGUUCAUAUAGAUCUAAAUAAAGCAAAAUUUGAAAUCUCAAGUCUAAAAAAAUGAUGUUAGAAAUACACCAUCUUCAGCACUCCACCUCAACAACGUAAAGCAAAGAGGAUACAAAAGAAUAAAGUAAUUUUUAGUUGCUACCUCUGUUGUAAUAUUAUAACACUGAUGAUCCCGUUUCUAAAAUGUAAUUUUAGGGUUACUUCCCUUUGAGUUAAAGUUUGCCUUCAACAGAAUUCAUCGUAUGGUGUAUCUCACCACCAUUUCUGAUACAGUGACUUGACUCCUUGGACAUGCAGCUGCAAUUGAGAGCAAACAUUUUUUAAUGACUCAUUCGCAUGUACCUGGGAGACCUAGUGUUCUACGUUGACCGCAGUCCCUAUGAUGGCUCUUGUGAAAUGGUUCAUCGCCGUCUGGCCAAAGUCCGGAUGCCUACUUUGGACGAAAUGCCAGUGUAUGAGAUGAGCGACUGGGUUCGAGAGAGGAAGAGACUUUCCACCGUUCUUGGCCCCGAGGAGCUCGAUACGAUGGACAAGUUCAAACCGUCCAUGAACAAUCUGGAACAGAAACAGAUCAUGUACGCUAUGCUCUCCGCUACACAAGCCUUUACGGCCUUCAAUAUCUCCUACUUCAUUCGUGGUGGAUCUUUACUUGGCUACUGGCGUCACCACGGACGUAUGCCAUGGGACGAAGACGUGGACAUAUUGGUAGACAGCGGCAAAUGGCCACUAGCGAAACAGGUUCUUUCUUGUCUUCCUGAUCUUCAGCUCAAUAUGGGAGCUGACUACAUGUGGAAACUCUUCCACAAGGACGCUCAGUUGUGGCGAGAUGAGACUUUUAUCAAAUUUCCGUAUAUUGAUAUUUUCUUGUAUAAAGCUGACUCAGGACAUGUCUGGCCAUUGACUAUCUGGAUGAAAUUGGUCACGAUGCCUGCGGAAUGGACACUCCCGACCAUUAAAGGCGUGUUUGAAGGCUGGCCUGUGAAUAUUCCUCGUGAACCUAUCAAAAUUUUGGAGAGACUUUAUGGGAGAGUGUCCACGGACUGUUAUUCUCAGAUUUUCUUGCGGCGCCAAAGGCAUCUGAUUCCUCGGAAAGAGUGGACUCACAUACCCUGCUCCUUGUUGCAAGGGAUAUAUCCCCACGUUGUACGCAGAAUAGAGAAGGGUGUGGUUGUUGAAGACAGGAUGCUGGGUUCAAAAUUUUUGUCUACCUUCAAUGCCACCUAUCAUGGCACUUUGGGCUAAACUAUAAAGAGGGAUGUGAUACUCUAAAACAAUAACACAACAGCCGUGCCAUCACUAUACCGUCCUCAAUACUCUUUUCUUCUACAUUCGUUUCAAAAUCAAGACAAAAGAAUUUGUGCUGCUUCAGAGAAGGUUAAAUGCCGUUACAUUAAUGCAGAAUGGCACGAUCUUACUAUAGUGAGUUCUAAGCGAUAUCUCCAGUUCUAAGCGGUAUAUCCACGACACGCCUUACCCACCUUACGUUAUCUCAGUCUGCAGCGACAGACAAGGCAGAGGCCAUGCCUUCUUUGGUACUAUCCACGAUAGCCACUACAACUUUAGAUAAAACGCAAGCAAAGGUAGCAUGGCUGAUAACAAAAAAUGCACGCUUUUCUGGCAGUCCAUCUGAUAUGAAAAAUAAUGAAGUUGAAGAACUUUAAGAAAUGACCAUCAUCACAUCAAGGCUGAACUUUACUUCUCUUGAACGUUUUCAUAUUUGACAAAAGUAAAAGGCAAAAUUAUAUGACAAAUAAAGUUGGAAAAAUAGCAACUCUGUCCUGCUGCGUUAUAUAUUAUUUCAUCCCUCCAUGAAGACCAAACUACACAACCGAAUAAGAAGGGGAAAAAAGCAGGAACAUUAUACAUUUACUUGCUAUUUUGCUCAGCGUUCCUGGCUGAUUGGUAGCCUCAUUGUUAAAUCAUAAGUCAUGAGUACACUAACGGCACAGUCUUUAUUACAGGGACCUAGCAAACUAGAGCAGCCCUUGACAUUUGAAUAUAAAUCCUGGGAAAUGUUGCUUAAAAGCUUAUACAUUCCAGUUGUCGGUUACAACUCCUGUCGACACGACUUUCUGUGUUCCUGCUCUAUGGUUUGACAGUAUUGAAGAUGGUACAAUAAUGAAUGUUAUUAAUAUGCUUUAUUUUUUUGAAAAAUCCAAACUCUAGGGUGCAAUUUGCAAAUUAUUUAUAAAGUCCUGAAUCUUAUUUGAUCAGACUGUUUGUAUUAUCAUUGUAUACUGCAUUCUACACAUUGUUCUAUUUACUGUUUGUUUAUGUUUUUGAUUUUUGUUUGCGAAAGGCUGAAACGAAUUCAGCAGUACUCAUGUAUUCCAUUCCAUUCUGAGACAAUAUUUUCUUCAUCAUUCUGUCAUUUACGAAACUUCAUAUUUUCGUAUUGUAUGAACGGCGUACAGUUUGGCAAAUUCGUGUUCCCAUCUCAGUUCUCAAUUGGGAUGCAUUUCUGCUCUCGGCGCCUCGAAGGCCACGAAAGAACUUUCGAGGAUCUCGAUGCUUAAGGUUCAAUGAACAGGCAACUGGAGUACAGAGGCAAAAAUCUUUCAGAACAAAUUUGAGCCGUAACAUAUUGCCCUGUUACUCCUCAUUGUACGCAUUUUUGUCUUCCCUAACGCCUUUUUAUCCCUACCCUUUAAUUCAAAUUAAGAAUAUAGAUUAGCAAAAUGAGUAAAUACUUCACUAUAAGAUUACGAUUCCGUGUGAGUGAUCCUCCUACAUCGCACAAUGUGUCAUGAUGUGCCCUCUAUUCUAAUACUGACCCGACUCAAAGUAAGAGAGAAACCUUUCAUGAUUCUUCCUCGCUCCUUCUUUUUUCGUUCUCCAUUAUCUCAACGGCGCCGAUAUUUUUUCCUGGAAAGUUCCACAUAAUUUAUUAUUGUGUUAGUGGCCUGGAAAAGUCUGUUAGUUAGUCAGUAAUGCUGCUGAUUGAACCAUUUCCCCUGGAUACAGAAUAUCUCGAAAAGUGCCAAUUUUACAGUAACAAUUAAUUGUUUCGGUUAAGCAAAGGCAGAUCGGAGCUCACAGUCUUAAUCUAUGAGCUUUUAUAUGAAAUUUUUAGCAGUAUCGCUAUUUUUUGUAAGUGUUAAAACGAUGACACAUCUGCAGACAAUUUCAAAGCAUUUUUUUUGGACACCAGUUUAUGUAUACACCCCUGAUGACUAGAUGUAUGUCCUGUCUUUUUUUUAUAUUGUCAACUCAGUUCACGUUUAUACUGUAUGCAUGUGUAUAUUAUAUAAAACACUAAACUGUGUGAUUUUUUUUGUUUUGGCAAGUAACUUUUGCGUACAAAACGAUAUGAAUAAAUCAUGAUUUAAAUCAA